GCGUGAAACGGCACCAUGAAUUCUGACAACAUUGCUGCCAAAAUCGUAAAAAAAAUUGCCUAAAACUCGCAACGCCAGAGAUAUCACGAGGCAACACGCACAUGAACGGAUAAAGAACGUACAGAACUAGCCAUGGAUAGGCUCGAUAGACAAAACGGAUUUAUAACACCACCAGACGCACCGAUUUUCGAGCCGACUGAGGAAGAAUUUACCGAUCCGCUGGCUUACAUUGCUAAAAUUCGACCUGUAGCCGAAAAAUAUGGAAUAUGCAAAAUAAAACCCCCACAGGAAUGGCAGCCACCUUUUGCUGUAGAUGUGGACAAUUUCAGAUUUGUACCAAGGGUUCAAAGACUUAACGAAUUAGAGGCUGGCUCCAGAGUGAAGCUGAACUUUUUGGAUCAGUUGGCAAAGUUCUGGGAACUGCAGGGCACCCACCUGCGUAUCCCCAAUAUAGAGAGGAAGGCUCUGGACCUGUUCAAACUCCACAAGACUGUGCAGGAUGAGGGGGGCUUUGAGACAGUCAGCAGGGACAGGAAGUGGACCAAGGUGUCCAAUGUCAUGGGCUAUCCUCAUGGAAGAGGGGUGGGCUCUAUCCUCCGGGGACAUUAUGAGAGGAUGCUCUACCCCUUUGACAUCUUCCGCUCUGGAGCCACUUUGGACCCCUCGGCAUCCAAGCGUGACAACCUGGUCUAUGAUGAUGAUGACAAGAAGAAGGAUGAGGACUACAGACCCCAUGGAGUGUCCACCAAGGGUCAGGCGGCCAGCAGUCGUAGGUCUAAGAGGUACAACAGGGAUGUCUCUUCUCCUGAACCAAGCCCUGUCAAGGUCAAACAAGAACCUAAGCUUGAAGCCACUGAGGGCCAGGAGGAGCCUUAUAUUGACUACUCUGCCAACAAUGAGAUGAGGAAGCUUCAGUUUUUUGGAGCAGGACCUAAGGCUGCUGUCCCUAUCACUGUAAAAGAGGAAAAAGAGGUCAAAGAGGAGGGCAGUGGCAGGAAGAAAUACACAGCAAGUAGCAAGAGUGUUAACUAUAUUGACCUGUACAUGUGCCAUACAUGUGGUCUGGGAGAUGACGAGGACAUGAUGUUACUGUGUGAUGGCUGUGACGAUGCUUUCCACACAUACUGUCUGGUACCACCACUACAGGAAGUUCCUAAGGGAGACUGGAGGUGCCCUACAUGUGUUGCCAAGGAGGUGAACAAACCCAGGGAGGCAUAUGGCUUUGAGCAGUCUCAGAGAGAGUACAGUCUACAGUCCUUCGGGGAGAUGGCUGACGAGUUCAAGAGCACUUACUUCAACAUGCCAGUUCAUCUUGUGCCAUGUUCUACAGUGGAGAAGGAAUUCUGGCGUUUGGUGAACAGUCUGGAGGAUGAUGUAUUUGUGGAGUAUGGGGCUGACAUCCACGCCUCAGAGUGUGGCAGUGGCUUUCCCACCAAGGAGACCAAGGACCAGUUUCCUGAAGAUGAGGAAUACAUCAACUCUGGCUGGAACCUGAAUAACCUUCCCAUCCAGGAGAAGUCUGUGCUCAGUCAUAUCAAUGCUAAUAUAUCUGGGAUGAAGGUCCCCUGGGUCUAUGUGGGGAUGUGUUUCUCUGCCUUCUGCUGGCACACAGAAGACCACUGGAGCUACUCUCUCAACUACAUGCACUGGGGAGAGCCCAAGACAUGGUAUGGUGUUCCUGGAGUUGAGGCAGAGAGACUAGAAGAGGUGAUGAGACAGAAGGCACCAGAACUAUUUGAGAGUCAGCCAGAUUUACUGCACCACUUGGUCACCAUUAUGAACCCUAACAUUCUCAUGCAGCACGACGUUCCCAUCUCCAGAGUGAACCAGCAUGCGGGCGAGUUUGUCAUCACAUUCCCACGUGCAUACCACGCCGGGUUCAACCAGGGUUAUAACUUUGCUGAGGCUGUAAAUUUCUGUCCAGCUGAUUGGCUCCCAUGGGGCCGUGCUGCUAUAGAACACUACAGACGUCUGGGCAGACAGUGUGUCUUCUCACACGAGGAGCUGGUCUGUAAGAUGGCAGCUGACCCUGACCGUCUAGACCUUACACUGGCUGCUGGGGUCCACAAGGACAUGUUAGCUAUGGUAGAGACAGAGAAGAAACUGAGGAAAACUCUGCUGGAUAGGGGCACUAUGGAAGCUGAACGUGAAGCGUUUGAACUUCUGCCAGAUGAUGAGAGGCAGUGCCAUUACUGUAAAACCACCUGCUUUUUGUCUGCUGUCACUUGUGUAUGCAGUCCAAGUUUAUUAGUUUGUAUCCACCAUGUGGACAAGUUAUGUGACUGUCACCCGUCCCAGCACUGCUUGCGUUACCGCUACACCCUGGAUGAGUUACCUGCCAUGUUACACAGGCUGAAAGUGCGUGCUGAGUCCUUUGAUAACUGGGCACUCAAGGUGAAGGCCGCUCUGGAAGCCAAGGAGAAACAGAAAUUAGAGCUGAGUGAGUUAAAGGAGAUGAUUGUAGAGGCAGAUCAGAAGAGGUUCCCAGACAGUGAGCUGCUGCAAGCUCUGAUAGCUGCUGUGGGGGAGGCAGAGAAAUGUGCCAAUGUGGCCAACCAGCUGGUCAGCAAGAAGGUCAGAACAAGGAACCGCCAGUCUGGAGACAGUAAAUACAUUGCCAAGCUGAGCCUGGAUGAACUGCAGUGUUUUAUAGAACAGGUGAAUAACCUGCCCUGUAGGAUCAAGGAGGCCACCCUAAUACAGGAGCUGUUACAGCAGGUGCUAGACUUCCAGACAGAGGCUCAGGAUGCCCUGCAGGACCAGAACCCAGACUCUGAGAGACUAGAGAAACUGAUGGACUUUGGGGUCACACUGGAUGUGGACCUGCCAGAGAUACCUAAGCUGAAACAGGUCCUGGAGCAGGCGCGGUGGCUGGACGAGGUGCGUAACACUCUGGCCGAACCAGGCAAUGUGACUCUGGAGAGCAUGCGUAAGCUGAUAGAGGCUGGCGUGGGUCUGGCGCCUCACACAGCAGUGGAGAAAGCAAUGGCAGAGCUGCAGGACCUUCUUACUGUCAGUGAGAGGUGGGAGGAGAAGGCUAGGAUAUGUCUACAAGCCAGGCCCAGACAUGUGAUCCAGACUCUGGAAGCUAUCAUCAAUGAAGCCAAGGGUAUCCCUGCCUACCUACCCAAUGUGUCUGCCCUGAAGGAAGCUCUGAGGAAAGCGAAGGAGUGGACAGCCAGGGUGGAGGCUGUUCAGAAUGGAGAGCAUUACCCGUACCUGGACAUCCUGGAGAGUUUAGUCAAUAGAGGGCGCCCUGUCCCAGUUCGCCUUGACCUCCUGCCACAGGUGGAAUCUCAAGUGGCUGCUGCCAAGUCCUGGAGAGAGAGGACGGCCAGAACCUUCCUGAAGAAAAACUCCACAUACUCAUUGGUUGAGGUGUUGUCUCCAAGAUCCGACAUAGGUGUCUACCAGAGUGGUAAAAACAGGAAGAAGAAGAUGAAGGACAUAGACAGGGAGAAGGAGGCUGAGACAGGCAAGGUGGAAGAACACAGGGACCCAGCUACUAUGGUUGCAGUAUUUAAGUCUGCUGAGCAGCAUGAAGUGGAGGCCAUGAGAGAACUGAGGGCCAGGAAUAUGGAGAAACAUCGACAGGAAGACGCAGUGGAGGUGAAGUACUGUAUAUGUCGUAAAGGACCAUCUGGCUUCAUGCUGCAGUGUGAACUCUGCAAGGACUGGUUUCAUGCCUCCUGUGUUCCCUUACCCAAAGCCAGCAACCUGAAGAACAAGAACUCUCAAGCAGCAGCCAUCCAGGCAGCUCGUGAUCUCAAGUUCCUCUGUCCACUGUGCUUACGUUCCCGUAGACCCCGCCUGGAGACCAUCUUAUCCCUGCUGGUGUCCCUGCAGAAACUUCCGGUGAGGCUACCAGAGGGGGAGGCCCUGCAGUGUCUGACGGAGAGGGCCAUGGCAUGGCAGGAUAGAGCCAGACAGGCCCUGGCCACAGAGGAACUGGCCUCAGCUCUAGCUAAACUCAGUGUGCUCAGCCAGAGGAUGGUGGAGGCUGCUGCCAGGGAAAAGACUGAGAAAAUCAUCAAUGCUGAACUGCUGAAGGCAGCGUGCAAUCCCGAGUUACAGGGGCACCUGCAGAGUGUCACGCAAAGUGCAUUUGGGGGAAUGCAGCUGUCACAACAGCCACAGGCCUCCCCUCUGCAGGUCAAUGGAUCAGCAUUAAAUGUGAACAGUCAGCAGAAUGGCAGCGGCGGGGGGUGGCAGUGGUGGUGGUGGGGGUUUUGACUAUGAGGUCUCUCUGCCCCCUACCUCCACCUCUCCAGCACCAGAUGAUGACACACAGUCAGAGUCAGAACUGGCUCAGAACAGCUCAGCAUCCAUGUC